AGUGAACAACAGGUGCAAAACAAUAAGGGGGAACCUAUAACUGUCAGUCCGGAACCAUUUGAGUACCCGGCAAUAAAAAAACAGAUGUUACCUUUGCAGUGAACCACGAACUUAGUACCUACAUAGAAGCAUGUCUGCUGUUUAAUUUAUUGUUAAAUAAUUAUUUUGUGACUGUGUUAGUUUACAUAUUGUUGUUGUUAUCUCCGGAUUAAAAAUUCAAGAUGAGUGAUAGUGAACCCGCAAUUUCUUUUAAGGAUCUUCCUCUAACUUUUAAGGUGAAAUAUUUAGGUCGACAUCCAGCCAAAGGCCUCUGGGGAAUGAAGCACACGAGAAAACCAGUAGAUUACUUAGUAUCCCAGGCAAAAAAUCUUCCUCCUGAUGUCAUUCUCCCCAUAAUAGAUUUUCAAGUCACCCAAGAUGGAGUCAGCUACGUGGAAUCGGCAAAUAAAAAAGUACACUCAGAGCCAGUGAGGUUUGCUGUGGAUAAAAUAUCGUACGGUGUUCAGGAUUUGGUAUAUACCAGAGUUUUUAGUAUGAUUGUAGUUACGGAAGACAACCUCGACAACGGUAUUCCUUUUGUAUGUCAUAGUUUUGUUUGUGAAUCUAGGGAUCAAGCUAGAAGGAUCACGUACGCUUUAGCUGCAGCUUUUCAAGAUUAUGGCAGAAAGGUUAAGUCCGAGAAUGGAGAAAGAACUGUUAAAAAGUUUGCUAUCGAUUUACGAACGCCAGAAGAGCAGGCUGCUGCUUCUGAUGGAGAAACUGACGCUUAGAUCCUUAGAUUUCCUAAAUUUGUUUUAUGACAAAGCUGUUUUUGAUAUUUUUAGAACGUAAUGUUUUCCAUUUUUUAAAUAUUAAAUAUUGUUAAGGA